AUGGAAGCCGAGUAUGUGGCGGCUUCGCAAACAUCAGCUGAGAUAAUAGGCAUCGUGGAAUUGCUCAAGGAGAUCAGCGUGCAGAUGCAGUCAUGUACGACUUUACACGAGAAUGGCCAAGCUGCCAUCGCUCAAAUCAAGGGCGAAGACACAUCUGGGCGAGAGAAGCACAUCGACGUGCGAUACAAGUUUGUAAAAGAUAUUGCAAAAAAGGAUUUGGUGACCGUGCAGUAUUGCGAGUCCAAGAAAAUGCGUGCGGACAUCCUGACCAAGACCGUCCCAGCACCCCGACUUAGCGAGCUGCGUGGACUGAUGAUGCUCAGUGGUUAA